UCUCAGCAAGCUGAACAAUGGCAGUUGAGUGGAUUUUGAAAAAUGUCUGAAGUUUAGUGGGUGGCAUCUACCUGCUGCCUUCUCCCCAUCCUUUACAAAAGAAUAAGUGGGAUGUUUGAGAAGAGAGCUGUAUUAAAAGAAGAGUGUUACAAAUGGCUUCAGAAUCUUUGAAUGCAAAACAAGCUAGGAAUCGCCUCACAAAGGGAAAAAGGCAGCAGCACCAGCAAAUAAAGAACAGAUCUUCAGUCAGUGAUGGUGAUGGAGAAGAUUCCUUUAUCUUUGAAGCAAAUGAAGCUUGGAAAGAUUUUCAUGGUUCUCUUCUUCAGUUUUAUGAAAAUGGAGACCUUUGUGAUGUCACACUGAAGGUUGGCUCAAAGCUAAUCUCUUGUCACAAACUGGUAUUGGCUUGUGUUAUUCCCUACUUCAGAGCCAUGUUUCUCUCUGAAAUGGCUGAAGCCAAGCAAACACUGAUUGAGAUCAGAGAUUUUGAUGGUGAUGCAAUAGAAGACUUGGUAAAGUUUGUCUAUUCUUCACGGCUCACGUUGACUGUUGACAACGUCCAGCCUCUGUUAUAUGCAGCCUGUAUUCUACAGGUUGAACUGGUGGCUAGAGCUUGUUGUGAAUACAUGAAGUUACAUUUUCAUCCCUCCAACUGUCUGGCAGUAAGAGCCUUUGCAGAAAGUCACAAUCGAAUAGACUUAAUGGACAUGGCAGAUCAGUAUGCUUGUGAGCAUUUUACUGAAGUGGUGGAGUGUGAAGACUUUGUAAGUGUGUCACCCCAGCAUCUCCAUAAACUUUUGUCCUCCAGUGAUCUAAAUAUUGAGAAUGAAAAGCAGGUCUAUAGUGCAGCCAUCAAGUGGCUUCUUGCCAAUCCCCAGCAUCAUUCCAAAUGGUUGGAUGAAACACUUGCACAGGUUCGUUUGCCGCUGUUGCCAGUUGACUUUCUUAUGGGUGUUGUGGCAAAAGAACAGAUUGUCAAGCAAAAUCUAAAAUGUAGAGAUUUAUUGGAUGAAGCAAGAAAUUAUCACCUUCACUUGAGUAGCAGAGCAGUACCUGACUUUGAAUACUCCAUUCGGACUACUCCAAGGAAGCAUACUGCUGGUGUGCUGUUUUGUGUAGGUGGUCGAGGUGGAUCAGGUGACCCCUUUCGCAGUAUUGAAUGCUAUUCUAUCAACAAAAACAGUUGGUUCUUUGGACCAGAAAUGAAUAGUCGAAGGCGACAUGUGGGUGUAAUUUCAGUGGAAGGUAAAGUGUAUGCAGUGGGUGGACAUGAUGGAAAUGAACAUUUAGGUAGUAUGGAGAUGUUUGAUCCUCUCACUAAUAAAUGGAUGAUGAAGGCAUCAAUGAACACAAAGAGGCGAGGAAUUGCCUUGGCCUCCUUGGGAGGCCCAAUAUAUGCAAUUGGAGGUUUAGAUGACAACACUUGUUUCAACGACGUGGAGAGAUAUGACAUAGAAUCUGAUCAGUGGAGUACAGUGGCACCAAUGAACACUCCCCGUGGAGGAGUCGGCUCUGUGGCUCUUGUGAACCAUGUUUAUGCAGUAGGUGGCAAUGAUGGAGUAGCUUCUCUAUCUAGUGUGGAGAGGUAUGAUCCACAUCUCGAUAAGUGGAUAGAAGUUAAAGAAAUGGGUCAGCGAAGAGCAGGCAAUGGAGUUAGUGAGCUCCAUGGUUGCUUAUACGUUGUUGGAGGUUUUGAUGAUAAUUCUCCUCUGAGUUCAGUUGAGCGGUACGACCCUCGAAGCAACAAGUGGGAUUAUGUAGCAGCCCUUACCACUCCCAGGGGUGGAGUGGGGAUCGCGACAGUGAUGGGCAAAAUCUUUGCAGUUGGUGGUCAUAAUGGCAAUGCAUACUUAAAUACAGUAGAAGCAUUUGAUCCAGUGCUGAAUAGGUGGGAGCUUGUUGGAUCUGUGUCUCACUGCAGAGCUGGAGCAGGUGUAGCUGUGUGUGCCUGUUUAACUAGCCAAAUUCGAGAUGUAGGUCAUGGAUCCAGUAAUGUGGUUGACUGUAUGUGAUGGGAGUUCCAGCACCAACUAUUUAGUCAUAUCUGAUAGGGAAGAAAGACAACUAGGAUUUUGUAAUGACCGCCUUUGAACAGUUUUAACAACUACUAGAGUCUUAUUUAAAUGUAAACUUGUAUUGUGACUAAGCAUAACUUUUGGAAUGGUAACUGAAGAAUUACUAGUAAUAAAGUUCAAUUUGCUAUUUCCCACUGUAGCAAAUAACGAAGUAGGGAAGGAAGACAGUCUAACCUGAAACCAUACCUCCAAAAAAAUGUUUAAAUUAGUGCCAAAACUUGGAAAUCUCUUUUUAAAAAAGUGUGGAUGAAUCAAAAUGUAAAAUGGAUUCAUUUGCUGAGCUUUACCUUUUGCCUAAAGGUGUUAACCUUAGGCAAUGGAUUUUUCCUAGAGGGGAAGUUAGAACCUAUUCAUCAACACAAGGAUACCAGGACACAUAAUGGACCUGCUCCAAUUGAAGAUCAUUUCUCUUUGGUGCUGAUGAAUUGAUGGUGUGCUUUUUUUAGGUGUUGAUUUUUCAAUUUCUUGGAUAUUUACAGAAGUAUAAAAAGUGUUUUUUCACCUUUCUGAGUGCCCCUUGGCUGCAUUUUCAGAAUUUUAUAGGGAUGCUGUAAGAAGCCCUUAAUUUCAGUUUGAAUUGUUAGGACACCAAAAGACCUAACAGAACUAUUUCCAUCUGAACGAAUCUACACUUUUAUUUUUUCAUCUCACGCAAAAAGGAUUUGUUUCAUAAUAAGCAGAAAUGGAGCCAGAGGAGAUACUGGAGAAGAAGGCUUUAGAGUCGACAUUAUUCUAGUGCCAGGUGAGAUACCGUGAGAGUGAAUGGUAUUCAUGACACGACUCCCUAAUGGAAGGACUCUGAAAAUAUGUUUAACUCUCCUCGUUGAUUUAUUCAUUUGAUUUUGAACCCAAGAUUUAUUAACUUUCUAUUUUGCUAUUUGCCACCAUCAUAGUUUUUCUAACUGUACAGAAUCUGGAUUUAUUUAUUAUCAGAAAAGGAAUGCAUUUUUAUAAAAACCCUUUACAGACUAUACUUUAUGAUUAGUUCAAGAUACUGUAAAAACAGGAAAAUUGGAACUACUGUUUUUUCUGUUACAUUUAUUCCUCUCGUGUAUUUAUUGAACUUUAAUUGAAAUUUUCUUUACAUUAAUUUGAAGCUAGAUAUUGAUACACCUACUGAUCUAACUGCUCUUCAUGGUUUUACCAGUGUUAUAAAAUGGCCUAUUCAUUAUAUGUAUUUAUUUUAUAAAUAUUUAUGAUGACUAUUAAAAUAUUCUAUUUUGUAUUUGCAGUGUAGUUCAGUAUCUCUCUUCCAGGCCUUCCUAAAUUUCGUUCAGUCAUGCCUUAGACUUAGUAUAGUUCACUGCUGGUCAGUUAUCUUGUUCACAAGGAAGCUGGGGCAGUGAGGAAUACUUCCCCUAUAUAUGCAGCCCUGAAGUUCAUUGCCUAGUAGGUGUAAUGGUCCUCAUGGAAUGGCAGCCUGGGCUUAUCAGUACAAUAAGACAGAAAGCCACAUUGCAAAAGCCUAGUGCCUUGGGUAUAUUCGAUCAGAAAAAGAAAAACUGUGAGAAGCCUUGGCUAGCAGAUAAAGGUCUUUCACGAAGCAGAUUUAAAAGUUCCCAAAUUAUGCCAUUUUUUUUCUGUCAGCCUCUGGGCAAGUCCAUAAGUCAUUGUUGGAUCUGAACCAGUGUUCUCUUGUACAACUGUACCCAUAUUUCAGUCAGUCCCAAAAGCAUUUAACUCUGUAGCACUCACUGGGCUGGCUACAACUGGCUGAAUGUGGGGAAUAAGGCUCAAAACCUGGCUUCAGCUAUUUCUCAUGUCUAAUGGAGUUCUUGUAUUAUAAUGCAUUUCUUGUAUUAUAAUGUUUUUAUGAUUACUAGUGUGUUAUAUUUAUUUUUGUAGGGGAGGGAAUCUUAUUGUUUCUAAGAUUACUUAGAAUGUUUUUUUCUUGAACAUAUUUCUGCCUUUGUCAUGUGUAUAGAUUAUAGGAGCAUGAAGGUAUUACAUUUCCAUUACUGCUUUUGUCUAUACAGUAGACUUCUAACAUCCUAAGUGGAUCCCCUAGCUACCCAUAAAAUAUGGAAAUAAAGGGAACAUGUGGCUGGCUGUUACAUCAUGUGUGAGCAGAAAUGUAGCCUUGAAGGACCUGACAGUGGUUUGAAAAGAUUAAAAGUAGAAUCCAUAUGCAGUCUCUAUUAAAAACAUUCAUUGAGAUAUGCAAUGUGAAUCAGGCAGAAGGAAUCAUGCAAUUGAAAGAUGAUUAUAUCCAUAGGAAUAGAAAGAUGAAAUAUUCAAAGAGGAUGGCUACAGGCCUGUAACUUUAACUUCAGAUGUUAAUAUAACUACCAAAAGGACAUAAAAUAGAGCUAAAAUUCAGAAAUUAUAAAUGGAAAACAGAAAAAAGUGAAAAUUUACACAUUUCUUUAAGAAAUAUUUCUAGAAAUAUUGUUUGAUUCUCCCAUAUAGUUACUAAAGCCAGUGCUUUUACUGUGUUGCACUGCCACUUUAAAAACAAAUUACGUGAUAAUUGCUUUUGACUAAUUUUACUAUAUCCUCUGUAACUAAUUGAUCAUUUUAAAAUAUAUGAAUAAACUUUGUACUCCCUCCUAGGAGUAUUAUUCAUUCCCUUAACUCCUAAAUGCAUUUUGAGCUUAAUGCCUAGAUAAGAGAUUGUUGAAAUUGUAUAAACUACUCUUGCAAACGGUAAACUUGAGUUUUCUUUGUUCCUUUCCAUGUCUUAUAUGAUAGAGAAUGCGUUUAGAAUCUAAUUCAUGUCUUAGUUAAGAAUGUUUUCUGUGGUUUAUCAUACCAGACUUUUAAAGAAACUAUACUGGAAUGUCAUUGACUUUCUUUUUUUCCUUUAUGUAGAGUUAUAAGUGUCAAUAAAACUUCUCUAUAUUUUCUUAAAAUCAUGUAUAAAUUUAUGUAGUACUAUUCCAGCAAGUCAGAAUAAUUAUCAUAUAUACUACCAGGUACUGAGAUCAGAAAGUUAGGUUCACAUCAGUGCUUUUUAUUGAUUCAAAACAUAUUGUGUGUAUUUAUUAUAAAUAGGAACUGCUUUCUGUACAGUCUGUUUUUCAUUGAUUGCUUUUUAUAGAAUCUUUUCACAACUAUGUAAUUGUUUAUUUUCCAUCCCUCAGAUACAAAGAUUUAGUAGGUUGACUGUAACAUUAUUCUCCUCAAAGAAAUGAUCUUCAUAUUUAACUGAAAAUAGGAAGAUUUUUGUUACCUUACAAAAAUUGAAAGUUAAAAGCAGCCGAUUUAAGCAAUUGUCUCUUCAGCAAUUGCAGGCUUGUAGUAUAUAAAUGUGAUUCUUUAUGCAUUAAAUGGAUGUUGUCCUUCCAAUUAGUAACCUCAUGAAGCAUGAAUUUUGUUUUUCUACCUAUCUUGCCAUUGCUAAAAACUUUUCUGAAACUCCUCUUUGAAAAUAGCCUGAAGAUCCAUUUUUAGGUCUCUUGAGAGUUAAUUAGUCUCAUCAUAGUCAUAUGUUAAUUUUGACCAGAACUUAACUUGAUAAUGACAUUGUGUACUUCAUUCAUCAGACUUGAUUUCAAAAUAUUUUAUGAUUAUCACAGGUGAAAUUCUACCUGCAAAGAAUUAAGAUUUUCCUCCUGGAAAGAAUUUUUUCAAAAAUCAACAGUUCCAAUGGAAGAUUUCUAAAAUUACCCUAAGCAAUAGUAAUUUGAGUAAAAAAGUAUUUAUCUUCUUUAGAAAGACAAUUACUGCAUGAUUUCACCUAUAUGUGGAAUCUGAAAAAAAAACAAAUGAACAAACAUAA